AGCCGAUUACAUAUCUGCAAUCAUACAUUAAUAAUAGCUUACACUAACAAACAAUACUAGACACUAAACACUAAAUUAAAACUAUUCUUCGUGCAGUAACACAGUCUUUGAACAUUUUCCACUUAUGUACUGUCAAUGUUGACAGUUGCAAGGCCAGAUGGGUCAUAUGACUAUAGUGUACAUAUGACCAUGACAAAGAAUUUCCUCUAAUUUUUUAAUUUCACUUUGUAGAAUUGUGAAUUAUAUGUGCCCACGUUAAUACACAAGAAAUACUGAUACCUUAUCUACUUUUUAACGACACAACAAGGUAUAUAACAUUAUCUUAGUAGGUAGAAAGAAACCAAUGGAAAACUAACUAUCGUAUUCAUUUUUGGCAAUUAUCUCCAAUUUCAUACUAGUAUGUCACACAAGCUUGGUGAAACAAGUUGUUACAUGGAUGGCAUCAGAGUAAAAAUCUCUGAGAAAUACAAACCACCUCCAAAGAUUACACUAGCAAUGACUUAUGCUCAAAGACUAACACUAAACCGGCAAUUGCAAGACAACUUACAAUCUUAUAAUUUUGAUACAAGCUUCUGUGUUAAAGAAAAAAUGAAAGAAUGGAGAAUGGCCAGAUGCAAUAUAGCAACUCAACAAAAAAUUAAACUAGAAAAACUUGCAAUAGAAGAGAAGUUAAAGAAAAAGAAGGAAUUGGAGAGUGUGCAGGUGAAUGCAGUAAAUGCAGAUUCUAACAAAAUAACUGGUGGCAAGGAAAGUGAAGAAGGGUUAUUGAUUCCUACACAAUCUAAUAUAUUGACACCUAUACCAUUAGCCCCACAGAAAUAUGUUCAGACCAUCAAUGAUGCCAGCCCCAUAAAUAUCAGUGAUUUUGAGCCAGAUACAUCCAGUCCUUUUGACAAUUUAGAACUGAAAUCAAUCAAUGAUCUGGAAGAGUUGAAAAUUGUUUUACAAAAUGAAGACAAAAGCAAGUAUCAACACAAGUUGGAUAAGAAUAAUCACUAUCCAAUACCAAAUAAUCAGAUUUGUGAACCUAGUCAUAAUAGUUAUUGCAAUUUAUCAGUUUCCUUGCCAUCCACAAUUCCAAAUCAAGCUCAUCAUCAGUAUAGCACAGUAUCAGCAGCCACUUCCACGAUGGACACGAAUGGUUACGCGCCGUAUUAUGGCAACUCAAGUGAUUUAUAUACAUUCUACAAAAGUAGUGAUCACAAUUCAUUGAAUAACUUUACUAGAAAUGUAAAUAAUGCGGACAGUGGUUGUGCAACAGACAAAGAAUUAUCACAGGCUUAUAAUAUGGUUCCUGAUAUUCUAAAAGCCUUGCAGAAUCAGCUUAAUUUAAAUAUUCAACAAGAGCAAAGUGUCAAUGUGGAUGCAAACUUAAUGGCUGCCGGAGGUCAGAUGCAACAUUCUAAAAUUAAAUCGAUUGACAAUCAUUUCAGCAUGGAGGAUGAUAAGUUGGAGAAUCCAUAUCACAACUUGAGUAAAUCUACUCAAAGUAUUUGUGAUUCCAUUGCAACUAUGGGCUUUCCAGUUGCAAGAGUUGCAAGGGUUUGUAAAUUAGUAGGAGAUGAUGAGAAAAAAAUUGUGGAAUAUUUAUUAUGUCAAUCUCAAUUAAUGGAUUUGGGAUUCAGCGAAGAAAAAGUUACAUCUGCAUUAAAUGAAAGCGAUAACAAUCGCGACAAAGCACUGGAACUUUUAAUUUCAUAGUAUUUAAAUAUAACUAGCUUGAUGAAACGUUAAUAUGCAUUAUACGGCUGUGCACAAACUACUUGUCUUAAGGUGCUUUGAGAUAUAUUUAUUUCAAAGAGUCUCUUGCUUUUCCUUAAUUAAAUUGAAUCGCAUUGAUUAGAUGAUGUUUACUAUAGAGUGAAUAUAAAAUGAAAUGUACAUAUUUGUUGUAUUGUUUGUGACAGUGUUUUUUCUAUGUUUUAAAAUAUGAUUUUGUAAGAUUGCUAGUUUUGCUAUUUUGGUCCAUUUCCUGUAUGAGCUACUGUCGUCAAUAAAUUAAACAGAUCUGAAAGUAAAA